UAUUUUCUCGUCGGAUUGGCUUGGCUAUCUCCCCACAGGGUUCCGAUCUCUCCGCGAAGGGGGCUACAGUCCCAGUCUCCAGGUCGGGGCCCUGCCUGGAGGUAGUCAGUCUGACGAGAAAAUACGGUAAACCAAGAAAGUAAGAAAAAUUGCCCUUUUUUAACCAGGCUCCUAUACUGAACUUGUGCCGACAACUUUCUAAAAACAUUUGCGGUAUGCCGGAGUAUCGAGGAGAGUAUGGUGGAACACGCCAGGGCAAGAUGGAGAGCUCUGUUGAGCGGAAGAAUGUGCUAUGUGUUUCUUUUAUCUCCGGGGGUUUCGGAGAAUGUUCUUUAAGUUGUUUCCCCCGGCUUUAGUUUGGAAUUCUCUGAAGGAUGGACAUCUGUGGCAAGCGGGAGAUGGUGGUCGGAUUUCUUGUAUCAGUCAUGUGUUUCUCCUGUUGAGAGUGAUAAUUUAAGCACGAGAAUUAGAACUAUACCGCUUUACCUCCUA